AAGCCAAGAGGAAAAGCAUGGAGGAUUCGUAUUGAAGUGUGACCUUCUGUAUUAUAAACAUUAACAUAGUAUUGAGAGGUGAGAUGAUAUUUGAUUGACCAUUUGACAAAAUCAUGGAAUAAGAUUAGUCUCUGCUGAUCAACGUCAUUGUUCAUGUUUAUAGCUCAAGGUAUAUCCACAAUGUCGGCCAAGCAGGCAUCAGUCCAUGCCAAGUGGAUCAUCGGCAGAGUGAUCGGGACCAAGAUGCUGAAGACGGCCAAGGUCCGAGUAACAAGACUGGUGCUGGACCCCUACCUCCUCAAGUACUACAACAAGAGGAAGACCUACUUUGCUCAUGAUGCAAUACAGCAAUGCACCAUGGGAGAUGUUGUUCUUCUCAAGGCCUUACCGGAACCACGGUCCAAACAUGUGAAACAUGAACUGGUCGAGAUUGUGUAUAAAGUAGGCAGGGUUGUUGACCCAUUUACUGGACUGAAAGUCGAAGGAACUCAGUUUCUGGAGCCUUUUGCUGACCUAGCAGACGACCUGGAUAAGAAGAUGUCAUUAUCAGAUCAAAUACCAGAAGGGGACUCUUCUGCCUCAUCCAGUACAGCCUCAUCCCUGGAGCCACGAACACCUUGAGCUGAAAUUCACUCAUAUUUUUUAUUUAAUUGAAUAAUGUUUAUGUUUGUCCAGCAUGAUGUGUGGUUCAUUAAAAUGUAAGCCAGCAGAGGUCUGUUUGUUUUGUUGUUGUAUGUUUAAUGAUAAAGACUUUCCUGUCAUAUUACUGGAAUGAUGUUUUAUCAACAACUUCCAGAUCCAUUCUUGGUACUUUUUCUCUUCUAGAAUCCUGAUCAUGUAUUACUUGUGUCUGAAUGCAGACCAUCAGCCCUCUGCAGAAUUUAACAGUGGAUUGGGAUGUUUACAAUGUUUAAAAUAGCUGCUCUUUAUUUAUUGUUUAGCCCUGAAGGGAACUAUUCAUAUUGAUUGUAAUGGAUCUGUCCUCUUAAAUCCAAACCUCAUCGCUCAGUAAAUAAGUAAUAUGAUAUUUCCUUAUAUGGUUCUGGAUGGGGACAAACAGGCAAAGUGGAAAUGUCAAAAUUUGGCUCGAAGUGUUCAUAUUUUGUGUGGCCACCAUUAUUUUUUCAGCACUGCCUUAUCCCUCUUGGCAUGGAGUUCACAAGAGCUUCACAGGUUGUCACUGGAAUCCUCAUCCACUCGUCCUUGACGACAUCACCGAGCUGAUGGAUGUUAGAGACCUGGGAUCCUCCACCUUCUGUUUUACGAUGCUCUAUAGGUUUAAAGGAGACAUAUUAUGGUGUUUUCCCAUCAAGAGUUCCAGAAAACCUCUUUACAAA